CUGCCCCCCUUAUCACAAUUCUCAAUCCGCACUGUUCUCUUCUCUCGAUCGAGUAAGAACCCUAAACACUAAUUCAUCCCAAUCCCAUCCUGUUCGUCGUCAUCGCCUUCCUCAGCCUAGUAGCUGCCGGAUCGCCUUCCUCGCACUGUAAUCGAUUCUUUCUUCGCCGCAUCGUCUUCCUUGUCGACGUCGCCACUCAACUCGCGUUGGUCCUCGCCGGCCUGCCUCGUCCUCGCCGUCGCCGGCUUAUCCUCAUCCUUGCCCGUGCUUGUCAUUGCUGAUCCCGCAGUUAACUCGCACUCUUGCCAUUUCUACCAGUCAUCCAUAUACAUCUUUCUUAAUACGAAAUCCCUGCUUCUCCGGGGAAGAGCCGGCUGCCACACGAUUUGACGAUACCCGAUCGCUAAGCCUAUUUGAGGCGAUCUCUUCCCUUCCUUGCGCAAUUCCAUGGAUAUGGAAUCAGUGAUGGAGUUUCUAGGCGGCGUGCCUUUGCUGCAGCGGUUGCCCAGUUCUUCGCUCAAGAGAAUUGCUCAGCUUGUCACGCCUCGGCACUAUGAUAAAGGGCAGUAUGUUAUUCGUGAGGGCGAAGUCGGAGAAGGAGUCUAUUUUAUAUGGGAAGGGGAGGCUGAAGUUGAUGGAUCAGUGCAUACCGAGGAAGAAAACCGUCCUGAAUUUCAACUGAAACGAUUUGAUUACUUUGGCAAUGGUUUGUCCGUCUCAGUCCAGCAAGUAGAUGUGAUCGCUUUGACCAAGCUCACCUGCUUAGUGCUGCCCUACGAACAUUGCAGUUUGCUGCAAACAAAAUCGAUAUGGAGAGCAGAUGAGACUCAUGAUUCGUGCUCCCUUGUGGAGCGUAUACUGCACUUGGAUUCAAUAGAAGUGAAUCUGUUCCAAGGAAUAACCUUGCCAGAGGCCCCCAAGUUCGGAAAGGUAUUUGGAGGUCAGUUUGUUGGACAGGCACUAGCAGCAGCGUCGAAAACUGUGGAUUGCCUGAAGAUUGUACACAGCUUACAUUCUUAUUUCCUUCUUGUUGGGGAUUUUGACAUGCCAAUUCUGUACCAAGUUCACCGCGUUCGUGAUGGGAAAAGCUUUGCUACUCGCAGAGUUGAUGCAAUACAAAAGGGAAAUGUUGUGUUCACGUUACUCGCGUCAUUUCAGAAAGAAGAAACUGGAUUCAAGCACCAGGAAGUUGCAAUGCCAUCUGUGCCAGAUCCAGAGAUGCUCUUGUCAUUGGAACAGUUGCGUGAUAAGCGUUUAACUGACCCUCGCCUCCCUAGAAGCUAUAGAAACAAGGUAGCUGCUAAAGAAUUUGUCCCUUGGCCAAUAGAGAUUAGGUUCUGCGAGCCUAGCACCCGUACCAAUCAGACUAAGUCUCCUCCAAGCUUGAAGUACUGGUUCAGAGCAAAAGGAAAGCUUUCAGAUGAUCAAGCUUUGCAAAGGUGUGUAGCAGCAUUUGCUUCAGAUCUCAUCUUUCUUCAAGUUAGUUUGAACCCUCAUCGCUAUAGGGGUUUGAAGGCAUCCGCUGUUAGUCUGGAUCACUCGAUGUGGUUCCAUAGACCUUUCAGAGCCGACGAUUGGAUAUUGUUUGUGAUCAAGAGCCCCGCUGCCUCCAAUGCACGCGGCUUUGUGUCAGGAGAUAUGUUCACUAAAGGGGGAGAGCACAUUGUGUCGCUAACGCAAGAGGGCCUGCUUCGGAAGUAUAUGCCACCAAAUCCAGCCACGGGCUCAAAGCUUUGAGUUAGAAGUUGUAGCGUGAUGAUUCAGACGAACUCAUAUAGAAAGACGAGGCGCCCUAUACUGGUGGUUUGGUCAUUGUGGGUUUAGCCACAGUUCUCCAGUUUGUCUCAGGGUUGGGAGUGUUGCUAUGUAAUUUGCCGGUUGAGUUGCCUAUACAUGUAUUAUUCUGGGGAAUGUUGCAUUGCACUCCUUGUGCUUUCUUGUGCCCCAGCCACUGACAGUUUUGAAAGCUUACCUUACUGUCCGGUUGAAACUGUUUUAGCAGGUGAAACUGUUUAACCAUGGUUUUAGUACGAAAUAUCUUACAACUGAA